AUGGGAACUAACCGGCAGGAGCAUGAAAUUUCAGAAGGAAGAUCUGAGGAGACAUGUCAAGAGAUGGUAGAAAAUGAAGUGAAGGACACUCAGAAAGAUCCAACGCACAGAUUAAUAACUGAGAGUUGCAAGUCAAACAGCAUGGUUGUAAAGAAACGGCACACGUUGAUUCCUGCUCACAUUAUAGCUGAAGCCAUAUCAACUAUCCCUGAUCUUGACAUUAGAUGGUCAGGUCCAAUCACAUCAAAAGAAAUGGAAUAUGUUGAACAAUAUGUCCUAGCAAAAUAUCCAGAAUAUUCAGGCCUCAUGGAAGGAGAUGGAAAUGGGAUAGACUUGUCUAGCUUUAUCAUCUAUGAGGAGCCUUCAGAACCCAUAAUGGAUGAUAGGGGCAAGUCACCAAGAGAGUCUUCUACAUAUUUGUUUGGCUGUAAUCUCCCUGAAAUGGAUAGGGCCAAGAUCCAAUUGGAGCCAUCAAGAUUACUAGACAUUCUCAACAAGAAAUCCUCAUUUACUGGAAGUUUCAUCUCUAUCCCAGAAAUUCAAGCUCGUAAUAAGGUUUUGAAGCAUUAUGGGUUGCCUGAUGAAGAGUACCUUGUUCUCUUCACUCCAAGCUACAAGGAUGCUAUGAUGCUGGUGGGAGAAAGUUACCCUUUUGUUAAAGGAAACUACUACAUGACCAUUCUUGAUCAGGAAGAAGACUACAUCAGGGAAUUUGCUUCUUUUAAGGAGUCCAAGGUGAUCUCAGCACCCAAGACUUGGCUGGAUUUGAGAAUCAGCGGGUCUCAGCUGAGCCAAAACUUUAGGAGGAGGUGUAAGAUCAGCUCAAAAGGUUUGUUCUCUUACCCAGUUGAUGCAAAUGGAACAAUGCAUUGGAUUUCUGAGGCUCAUAGGAACAACUGGUAUGUUCUACUUGAUGCAUCUGCCUUGGUAGUGGGAAAGGAUAGGCUACAUCUUCUUGCACUUCACCGGCCAGAUUUUGUCAUCUGUAGUCUUGACAACACUCCUUCCAACCCUUCAAGAAUCAUUUGCCUCUUAGUGAGAAAGAAAUCCUUUGAGAUCUCAGCUACUUCUUCUCAGGUAGUUGAAUGA